AUGGCGCCCCGUCUCUGGCUCAUCACCGGCGCGUCCUCCGGGCUCGGCCUUGCCCUCGCCCUCCACGCCGCAGCGCAAGGCGACGCCGUGCUCGCGACCUCGCGCGACCCGUCCCGCCUAGCCACCCUCACCAGCGCGGCGCAGUCGCGCUCCCUCCCCGGCCGUAUCACCCCCGCACAACUCGACCCGUCCGCGCCCGCGCCCGACCUCGCCAAAGCAGUCGCCGCCCUCCUUGCCGCGCACGGCACGCCCGACGUCGUCGUCAACAACGCCGCCUACGUGCAGACGGGCGUGCUGGAGGAGCUCGCGCCCGAAACCCUCGAACGCCAGUUCCGCGCCAACGUCUUCGGCCCGCUCGCCCUGUACCGGGCCGUGCUGCCCGCGCUGCGCGAACGCCGCAGCGGCACGCUGCUGUCCAUCGGGAGCAUGGCCGCGUGGUUCGCCAUGCCCGGGUGCGGCGCGUACGACGCGUCGAAGGCGGCGCUGCGGUGGCUGACGCUGGGCUUGGGGAGCGAGGUCGCGGGGCUCGGGAUUAAACACUGCCUUAUUGAGCCGGGGGCGUUUCGGACGGCGCUGCUUGCGCAGGGCGGUAGCGGUAGCGGUGGCAGUGGCGGGAACGUCGCGUAUACGGCGGCGGAGGAGCGGUUGCCGGACUAUGCGGACGUUAACGCGAAGACGGAUGCGACUUUCACGGCGCUCAAUGGCACGCAGCGUGGCGAUCCGGAGAAGGCGGCCAAGGUCAUGUAUGAGGUUGUGACGGGGACGGGCGUCGCAGAGGGGCGCGAGUUGCCGACGUUCCUGCCGCUGGGGAGCGACGCGUGCGAUGCGAUCAAGGGUGCGACGGCGCAGAUUGGGUCGGAGGUUGAGGCGUGGCGGGGGAUCGCGUCGCUGACGGACUUUUCGGAGGGCGCGUAG